GUCAAAAACGCACUUUCUGAAGAUGCAAGAUAAAUAUUUAGUGACAGUCGUAGUUUGAAGCUUCCUCUUUAUUUGACCAAUUCUUCAAUUUGAAUAGUAGAAUUGAUACAAAUCAAUUCAAGAACUUGUUUAAUCAGUUCUUCAUAAUAAACCAGCUGAAAGACUGUGGCGGUGUAUGUGUUAAAUAUAACACAAGCCGUUGUAUUUGUAACGAGAAUUUGUAACUUUUGUGACUGUAAAACAGGUAGUGAGUGAUCUGAAAUAUGAAUUCCUUUCAUGGAGGAAGGGGCAGAGGUAUGCAACUGGGUGGCAGUCAUGGUGCUGGCCGUAGUAGAGGGAUAAGCAAUGCUCGUCUAAAUACUUAUGGCGUAAAUAGUUUGGCUGGACAGGGAGGCUAUCGUAUGGUUCCACGCAGAGCAAGAGAAGCUCCUGAAUAUGAAGAUUAUUCAGGUUAUGAAGAUGAUCUGGGCUAUGCAGGUAAACGACCAAUUGAUGAGUUGGAUCCUAUGGGUGUUAAAAGACAGAGAACAUCAUCUGUACAGAUGAUGAAUAUGAUGAUACAAGAUUCCCAGAGGGAGUUGGCCAACUUAACAUUCAAUAACACAUCUCGUCAUGGUGGAGAUCACUUAAGUCAAGUAUUGAACAAACAGCAAAUGUUACUGGAGAUGCAGUCAGAGAUGAUAGCUGGAAUGGGGGAUGGUGAGGAGCCGUAUGGUAGAAUAGGUGGACGACAGAUUAAGAGCGAUUACGAUAAUCCAUACAUGAAUGUUCAAGGAGCUUCUUCCGGCAUGCAUGGUCCGAAACGGGGCAUGAUGGCAGACCACGGACGAACACCAUUAGGAAGGAUAAGAGAUGACUUAGGGAGUGGAACAAGGGCAAGAGGUCGUGGUGCAAUGGCGAUGAGCACUAUGGGCGUGGUGCCCAAAAGUUCCAUGCUUGGUAUGAGUAGGGACACCAUGGGAAGCAGGAGCAGGGGUCCUAUGAGAGGAACGGGUGGAAACUCCAUGAGUGCUAGGGGUAUGAAAAGUAGGCGUGGUAAUGAAAUAAAUCCUAUUAGAAUGAGAGGUGGUUAUCAAUCUAGAGGUCAGAUGUAUAAUAACCGUAUGGAUAAAGAAGAAUAUGACAUGUAUGAUUUCUACAAUCCUUAUCUAGAUUAUGAAUAUGGGGAAUCUUAUGGGGCUGCGACUCCGGCACCAGAGUAUUACGUCAGCAUUGAAGGCAAACUAAAUAAUUUCAUAAAGAUUUUGUUCGAGUAUGUCGAUUUAAAAGCUCCUGUUCAAGCUAUUGAAACUACAAGACAUGAUAACACAGAUUUUGUCAAAAUUCGUACUGAAUAUCUCGUCACUGAAGAUUUAGACAAGGAUCCUUAUAUUGAUGGGCAUUUGAAAAUGAAUGGUGUUGUUUUAGCUCGAAAACAAGGCUACACAAAGCAUCAGGUGAAGGAUGAAGUUUAUGCUGAGGCCAUGUACAACCUACUGACAAAGUCAGUCAGUGAAAUAUUCUCCAUUUCCAAUAAAUUGUAUAAAAAAAUGCCAGACGAAAUUAAAAGUUUAUCAAAGGAUAAAGCGAAUCCCGGCAAAAGAGAUCACAAAUUUAUUUUAUCGCGUUUGAAAGGCUUAGUUACCACACUGAGGGAAGAGUUUCCAGAAACUUAUGGUCGUGGAUCAAAAGAAAAUUUAAUUCAUGAGAUUGAUGUAGCAUGUGGUAAUUGUGAUGCAGGAAUCACUCUCGUCUUUAAGAAGAACGGUGAUUCUAUUACUUGUGAUUUAUAUGCUGAUGAUUUGAUGUUAGGAAGUGGAGAAGAGGCUGAUAAACGAGCAGCUACAAGAAAUGCUUAUCGAAACUCCAAAAGACUUUUGAUGAAUUGGAAUAAUCCUGUUGAUAGAAUUAUAAGAGAAAAUAAACGUCUGCAAGAUGUCAAAAUUAUGGAUCCAUCUAUUCUGGAUGUACAAUAUAAAGGCAGAAAUCAUGAGAGAGGAUCAAAUUUAAACCUUUUAAAGACAACUUGUGCUGAUACAUAUGCUACUGAUAUUUUAAACAAACGAGAUGUAAUAGCCUAUGAACAUGCUGAUGAACCGAGUACCAUGCCAUAUAAAGUUCUAGAAGAUACAGCUUGUUCCAACCGUAUGUUACUGGAGUUUGUAACAUAUUGUGCUAAUGAAGGUGGACCAACAAGGUGUUUGAUAUUUCUACAAGGAGACUUGAUUGCAGAUGCAAUGGGUUUCAACAGAAUUAAAGCUAAAGCUAAUGCUGCUAAUAAAGCCAUCCAUUAUUUACGUACAAACUGUACAGUUAUCCAGACCAGUGCUAGAGAUUAUACAAAUAUAACGUUAUCCUUUUCCGAGGCCAAAGAAAAGGCCCUGUUGCUAAAAGCUGAUGAACCAGAAUUAGCUAGAGAUUGGGAUCUCUCUAACUAUCCUGAACCUGUUAGUGAUGAUUCUAAACCUGAUGACCUCUCACCUUGGGUUGAUCAGGUUUUGGAAAAUAUUGUUGCAGAUUUCAGUAAAACAGAGGGUCUUGAAGAACUCAUAUUUGACAAAGAUUUUCCAAGGUUCCAUAUUCUGCGAUUGAAAGAACUGAGUAAGAAAUAUCCAAUUCAUGUGGUCAUAAAGAAAGGCGAUGAUAAGGCAGCAAGGACAAACUGUUCAGUGGUUCAAAAAUCUUUUCUCAAAAAAUCGUCUCCCAUAGAUGUAGUCAACUUGUUGAAAAAAUUAAAUAACAAAAGUGGUCGGUUUAAGUUAAUACAAUGGAAGGAUGAAAAUGGUACUAUUGUUAAAUGUUAAAAGUUUUAUAACAACUAACUAUAUUGUUGGUUGGGUUCCAUAUUUCUUGAGAUCUAUAUGACUUCCGGUCAGAAAUAAUUAGUUACUAACACCCCAAAAAAACACUUUAAUAUCUUCAAAUUAUAAAAAUUUUGCCAUUAUUCUGUUACACUCCAGGAAUUUUUUUUUCUGUUCCUUAUUGCUGUUAAAAAGAAUCCUACCAACAAUAAAUGAUUUCUUGGGGUAUAUCAUUUUAUGUUAUCCUUUUUUAUUCUUGUAUUACAUUAUAUAAUCAAUGCUCAAACAAUUACCUUGUCUGGAAAAUAAAUUGACAGAAUUCUUCCUAGUGCUGAAUAAAACAGUAUUUAGUAGUUUUUCUCCCGCUAGCAGCUCAUAUCUUUUAAAGUCUGUGUAAAUGCUUAUUAAUCUAAAUAUUUAUUGUAUGUUUGAUGAAAGAUUGUUACUUGAUGUAUCACUGAACCUCCUAUCACACACAGCAAUCAUAAAAUGAUCACAUAGAUUGUGUUCUAAACAAUUCAUUAUAUUUUAUUUACACAAUAGUUGUUUUCCCCCCAUCAAAGUCUUCAUCUUAUAAAUGGCGAAUUUAUCAGAUGUUGUAUUUUUUUUUUUUUUUUUUCAAAUGGUAAAUGUUAAAGAUUUUACUUCAAGAUGUGAAGUUGUACAUUUGUCACAAUAGUUGUUUCCCCUCCAUCAAAGUCUUCAUCUUAUAAAUGGUGAAUUUAUCAGAUGUUACAGUUUUGUAUUUUUCAAAUGGUAAAUGUUUAAGAUGUGAAGGUGUAGAUUUUCUAUAUAUGCUGAGCGAAGGUAUACUGCUAAGCUGUCAUAAAUUUCUUUGUGCAUCAUGUAAUAUAUUUCACAUUGAAUAGUUGUAUAGAUAUAGAUGAUGUACAUCUAAUUAUAAUGUGUAAUAUAAGAACAUUAUGUUAUCUUUAUAUUUGUACAUUCUUCUUCAUACUUCGUGAAUAGAUCUCUGGCCUAAAUGGCCACCAUAUUCAAACAUUAGUAUACUUUUUUGCAAUCUGAUUGAAACACAGAUCCUAUUUCGUUCCUUUUUUUUAUAGUUCAAAAUUUUGUUUUACUUGUCUUUACUACACUAGGAUCUGGAAGAGUUGCUAUAUAACCCACGUUCUGGAUGAUGUGAGGGAUUCGCCAAUGAAAUGGUGAGUUGCAAGUAACUGUGGGUAACCCACUAGAAACAUCAACGCUGAUUGGUUAAUCAAAUGUCUGACAUCAUAGGGUCAAAAACCACUCGUAUGACCUCUGACAGGACCUCCCACUACAACUGGUCAGAUCUUCAUGUAGUAGAGGCCAUAGAAAGUAUAAAAAAACUAAACGAAAUAUAGAUCUGUAUUUUAAUCAGAUUGACUGUUUUGUAAUGCGGCUCUACACCGUUUUACAUCUGUCAUACACACAAAGACUAAAUAAAAUUUGUCAAUUUUUAUACGCCCACAUGGAAAUGUGGACGUAUAUUGCCGUCGCCCCCUUCUGUCGUCCACAAUUUCUUGUAAACGCUCUGACUCCAAUAGUUAUUAUCCGAUUGUUUUAAAAUUUAUAAAUGUGGUUUACAUUAGCGAGAUGAGGAAGCCUUUUUAAUUUCAAUAAUUUCUGUUCAUUACUUCUAGAGUUAUGGCCCUUGUUUCACUUUGUUGCACUUUGUGAACACUCUAACCUCUAAAGUUAUCUGCCGAUCAGUAUGAAAUUUUUAUGUGUCAUUUAAGUUCGUAAAAAGAACAAUUGUAUUGAAUUUGAGCAAUUUCGGUUUAUUAUGUCUAGAAUUAUGGCUCCGUUUCACUUUAUUGACCCUUGUGAACGCUCUAAUGCCGAAAGUUAUCAUCAGAUCUUUGUGAAAAUUAUAUGCAUUAUUAAAAUUAGUGAAACCAUGAAGCCUUUUGAAUUUCAGCAAUUUACAAUAAUUACUUCUAGAGUAAUGGCCCUUGUUUCACUUUGUUCAACCUUGUUAAUGCUCGAUUAAUGAAAGUUAUCAUCCAAUAUGUAUGAAAUUUAUAUGCAUCCUUUAAAUUUGUGAAAUGGAGGUCUAUUGAAUUUUAGCAAUUUCUGUUAAUAAUUUCUAGAGUUAUGGCUCUUGUUUUACUUUGUGAACCUUGUGAACGUUUGAAUGACAAAAGUGACCAUCCGAUCUGUAUGAAAUUCAUAUGCAUUAUUUAAAUUAGUAAAACGAAAAAGCCGGUCAAAUUUAAACAAUUUCUGUAGACUACUUCCAGAGAGUUGAGGCCCUUGUUUCAGUUUGUAGAACCUUGUGAACCCUCAAACUACAUAAAUUAUAUUCUGAUCUGUAUGGAACUGUCUUGUAAAGGCCCCCAAUUUACUUCCAAAGGAAUAAAUAUGCGACAACACCUGUCGACCGCUCGGGACAAUUUAGCUGCUGUGGUCGUAUGUUUUGUUGCCUGGCAGCCUAUCUUAUUAAAUGGAAGCAUAAUCAAUCCUUAACAAAAUUCUCCAAGUAUACUUCGUGUUUUCGACUAAAAUCGUUGAUUCAGGACUUAAAAAUGUUGGUCAACUAGUUUAGUGUCUGUUCUCAAGCCGAGCUAUACUAACUGUAGACAGUCUAAAUUUGGUAUGGUAUUUGGAUAGACAGAGAUGAUGUAGAUCUAUUUAUAAUGUUUAAUAUCAGAACAUCAUGUUAUCGUUAAAUUUGUUUUGUAAAUUAUAAGUGUAAUUUGCCUGCUUCAAAAGCCAAAUAAAACAUGAAUGAUAAAUUUUGUUUUUUAUAUGAACUAUUGUAAAUAUUCACAAAUAUGACAAAUACGGGUUCAAACUACAUGUAAACCCUAGAUUGUUGUCUCAGUGAGGAAGUGUUUAUUCAGUCUGAUCUGACAAAUAUAACAAGGUCCCGUUAUAUUGGCAUGCACGUAAAUGAACCCUUGAGAUUGGGAAAUUUAGUCAAUAUCCUGGCUUUUGACUGUCAUUGCUGGGAGCAAAUUCUUGUGAACCAGAGGAUCAGAAAUGGGAGUCACUGGGACAGAAUUUUGAGAUCUGCCUGUUUUGUGCGAGUUAACAGAAAAUUUGUAGUCUGUUGCCUCACGCACUAGUGGUACUACUAACUGGGCGGUUGACUAUAACCAUGAAUAUAAUAGAUGAUAUGUAAUUAAGAUUUUAAUCUUUUGGGACUGGUCCUAAAUUUCCUGGCAAUGGCAUUUGAGUUCAUCGAUGGGAGCAAAUUCUUGUGAACGAGAGGAUAAAAAAUAGGACCGAAUCUGGAGGCCUACGUUUUAAUUCCGUCUGUUUUGUGAGACUAACUUGCCUGUUUUGUGAGAGUUGACAGAAUAUUGACACCCCACUCACUAGUGCUAAGUACUACUAACUGGGUGAUUGACAAUGAAUAUAGAUUUGUAUCCAGGAUUUUCCAAAAUCAUUCAUGCUCAUCUAAUAUUGAUUUGACAUGAAAAGAACAAUUUAAUGGCCAUCUUUCAUAUCAAUUUCCCUUAUUUAUGAUUACCAGUUUGUAGGUUCAAUUCAUUUGUCACCAAAUUAUUUCUUCAACUGAUCAUAAAUUAUGGUCUGUCAAGUGGCAUGGUUUCAAUCCCACACUUGUAGGUGACAAGUGCCCGUUUCCCUCUGAUUUAGGUCAAAAUAAAGUGUUGAUCUGAUGUAAGUGUUGUUAUGAUUAAUAAAUCUUCAAUUUUGCAUUUU